GCUAAAAGGAGGUAGGUAUUGCCGCAGGCGGCACCGAACAUUAGGUUCUCACAAGCCGGGCCAUUCCUCGGAGGCGUCCAUAACGUGCACAGCACUGAACAGACCCACGUCAAUUUUUCCCGUCAUAAGCCCGUUCAUGCGCUGUUCUCCACGGAUAAGUAUAUAGUCUGAACACUGGUCUCCGCGUUCAUUGUAUUUCAAUCUGGUCUCGGUCGAUCUUGUCCAUAACUGCCCGAGAACCCGCACUCUUUCAAAUUCAUUACUAGCCCUGCGAGUGUGCCAGCUCGCCAAGUGAUUCAUCGCAUUGGAACCACCGGGUUCACACUUGAAUUCACUGUAUUACCAAGUCGUUGCAACAGGAUCUACGUCUCCUCAAACGACAAAAUGGCAAACGACUCAAUCCCACGUCGCCCUACAUGCUCAUUCUACCGUCGUCGCCGCAUUCUCCUCAUUCCGGCACUUCUAUUCAUUUUCUACCUGUUCUUUAGCACACCAUGGUCCCUACCUCCUCUCAAUCUCUCGGGAAUAUCUUCGUCGCUUUCACGUGCCAAUAUCGCUUCACUAGUGAAGGGCCCACCAGUGGAGGAGAUAUAUGGCUUGCUGCAUUUUGUGACGAGCGAUGACGAUCGCAUGCUGUCACAUUCAGUAAACCCCGCUGCGCCGAUCGAUCUAACUGUGUAUCUUGGUGGUGACCAACCGAAUUGGAAAUCUCAUAUGAGAAGGCUGAGAGAGGAGUAUCCCCUAAUCGUAUUCUCGAAGAAGCUGUUGGAAUCGUAUAAUCUUUCUCCCCCACCUAAAAUUAUCGAAGUUGAUCUUCGAGAUGAUUGGGACUUCAUAAAGCUCAUCCUUACUCGUCUUACCUGAGCAUUCCACGUUCCCUAAUAUCAUCCUGAAUGGGCAAGGACUUGGCGGAAAUGACGACCUGCACACGUUGCGUGCACAAGGCAAGCUGAAGAAGAUGUUUGAGAAUGCUGGGAUGACGGUAAGGGAGGAUACCGUGAAGGAACAAGAGACGCAGUAAAGUUGGCGAUGUUCACGUCAUCGUGUGAUGAAAUGGUGCACACUCGGUAACUGCUUGAAUGGAAUUGAAUUCUGUAUUGUUACAUAUUUAUGUGUACUGCUAUUAUGUUGUCUUGUUCAUCCAAGUAGGAGUUUGCGGUUGAUCUAUUUCUGGGUUUUAUGUUUAUGUGACCAUACGAUAUCCCGGUUAUACAAUUACAUGUGUGUCCAAGAGCAUUGAAUUGGU